ACAUCCUUCUUAUCUACAGAAGUUUGCUGUGUCUAAAUGUGAUCCUCAGAUAGAAAGAUUAUCCUUAAUGCCUCGAUAACAGACAUCCUUUUAUUCAGCAAGAGAAAACCAUCUUUGCAGUCAUUUAAUGUUAAAUUGAAGUCUUUAAUUUUUUAGGUUGUAUAAAUAUAAUAUUUAGAAAAUUGUAAAGUUUGAUUUAUAUAGAGUUCUAUUCCUAUCAUUCAUACUCUGUAGUAUACAUAUAUUUAACAUAAAUCUGUAAUUUAAAGUAUGUUUUAUUGGAGGCCACAUAUACCCAUCUUAUCUUUUAAUACUGAGUAAAAACUCAGGUAAUUUUACUCCAUGUACUAUUUAAUUGACGAGCUUCAAACAACCAUCAAUGGCUCUUUGGCUUAAAGACAGAUUAUAAACCUUAUUGGGAUCCCUCUUAUGAAAUAAAUACAGUUUAGAAUGUUUAUGGUAUAUAUAAACAUUUUAUAUGGUAUAUAUAUAUAUAUAUACUUUUAAACAUCAAAGAUUUUGCUAAAAUAUAGGACAAUCACUGUGCAACUCACAUAUAUUUCUAUUAGUUCUUCCUGAAGGCAAUUUUCCUGUUGGUGGAUCUUGCCUACCAUGAAUAACAUUGUGGUAUCACAGAAGAUUAUGCAAUGUCGAGUAGGAGAAGAAGUACCAUGAGGAUGUCAACAUUGCCCAAAGACAACUCCAUAAUGACAACAUUAUGUCAUUCAAUGUUGUCAGGAACGACUGUUUUUAAAACAAAGAGAAAAACUGAGGUCAGGGGCUAGGAGAAUAUCCAGCCAUCAAUUUCAGGAAUAGGUUUGCUAAAGAUGUGUUGCUUCCCAAACACACAGUCACCAAAUGAUCACACUGGAAUUACCAAGGGCGAAGCUAGCUGAGCUAUGCCUGUUAAUGAAAUCAAUUCUUAAUUGCUUUUUUUUUUUCACAGCUGCAGUUCUAUCAAGAAUGAGCUCAGAACUUCGAUGCCAAUGCAUAAAUACACACUCCACACCUUUCCACCCCAAAUUUAUCAGAGAAUUGCGAGUGAUUGAGAGUGGACCACACUGUGAAAAUUCAGAAAUCAUUGUUAAGCUUGUCAAUGGCAAAGAGGUCUGCUUAAACCCCAAGGAAAAGUGGGUGCAGAAGGUUGUACAGAUAUUUUUGAAGAGAGCUGAGAAGAAAGAUCCAUGAAAACAACAACAACAACCAAAAAUCCAUUUGUCCUUGGUUUCCAAGAAUUCCCCAGUAAAGAUACCAAAGAAACUUCAAACAAAUCUACUUCAAUGCCUCAUGUACUGUGUAGGUCUGGUGUAGGGUUGCCAGAUAAAAUACAGGAUGCCCAGUUAUAUUUGAAUAUUAAGUAAAACAAUGAAUAUUUUUUUAAUGUCCCACAUACAUUGUUCCAUGUAGGACACACUUAUAUUUUAGAAAUUAUUCAUUGUGUACGGUAAAUUCAAAUUUAGCUGGAAAUCCUGUUUGUCGUUUUUGUUUUUUGUUAAAUCUUGCAACCCUAGUCUGCUGACCAGGAUUCAUGAGUCCUUGUUCAACUGAGCCUCAGUUUCUUCUUCACUCCCAAACUGGAGGAAAACAUCUCAGCCACUAACCUACCUCACAGAGAUGUGAGGGCAUGUGGAAACACUUUAAAUUUUAUUCAGUUAUGUAAAUUAUUUUGAAGUGUAACUUAUUCACCUAUUUAUUAUUUAUAUAUUUAUUUAAGCCUCAAAUAUAAUAAUGUUUGUGCAUGAAUUUGGAGAAAUGGGAAAGAAACGUUGUUGAUAAGUAUAAUGAUGGUAGUGAAUUUAUAUUUAUUUUUUAUACUAAGUGAUGUAUUACAGAACUACUUUGAUCAAGGCUGUUAUAUUAUGAUCACAGUGGCCAGAUUUAGCGAAUUAAUAGAAAAUAAACAAAAAACACAUCCAGUUGAUUUUUCUUUCAGAUAAACAAUAAAUAAUUUUUUAGUAUAAAUACAUCAUUAUUUAUCUGAAAUUUUAAUUGUGUUGGCAAUCCUACUUUUAAUAUGCCUGGUUUGGUCUUGUCACUGCAAGCCUUAUUAUGCAGUGCUGUGUUAAAUCACCUGAAUCCUGGGUUAUGACUAUCUUUCUCAAAACAGCAAAAAUUCACCAGGGAAUAUGAAUAAAGUAAUUUUUUGUUAUUUCUUAUUUAUUUAUUCCGAACAAUUAGAUUCUCAUAAUUUUAUUUAAAUUAUUGUAUAUUUUAACAUCAACUUUAUUUUUUACUUUAAGAUGCUUUUAUGUGUUCCCAAAGAGACUCUUUCUACUGUUUUUGAUAGUAUGAAAAUAUGAAUGUAUCUAUAAGACAUUUAAAAUAAAAUUAAUUGUCAAAGUCA